GUUUCAGUCCUUCAAAAACAAUUCAAUUCCAUAAACCAAAAACGCUCUCUCAGAGGUCUUUAGCGGUUUAGCUAAACAGGUAACCGACAAAUGGGUGCUGAAAAGAAACCAGCUGCAGCAGAACCUGCCGGCGGCGGCGAGAAGAAAGAUGACGCCAAGGUCAUCUCCGUUUAUAAGGUGGACAUGCAUUGUGAGGGUUGUGCCAAGAAAAUUAGACGCGCUGUUAAACAUUUAGAAGGUGUGGAAGCGGUGAAGACAGACUGUGAAGGCAACAAAUUGACGGUGACCGGGAAGGUAGACCCGGCGAAAGUUAAGGAGAGGCUGGAGGAGAAAAUCAAGAAGAAAGUAGAUAUUGUAUCUCCUCAGCCUAAGAAGGACGGCGGUGAUAAGAAACCCGAUGAAAAAGCCGAGAAGAAGUCCGAGGAGAAAAAGCCCGAGGAAAAAAAACCACCAAAAGAGAGUACGGUCGUUUUGAAAAUCAGGACACACUGCGAUGGUUGCAUUUCAAAGAUGAAGAAGAUUAUCUUGAAAUUCAAAGGGGUUAAUAGCGUGACAGUUGACGGACCAAAGGACUUGGUCACGGUGAAGGGAACAAUGGAUGCGAAGGAAAUGGUGCCUUACCUCAAGGAGAAGCUGAGGAGGAACGUGGAUGUGGUUCCCCCUAAGAAAGAGGAAGAAAAGAAAGGAGGCGACGGCGAGAAGAAAGAAGGAGACGGUGGCAAGAAGGAGGCAGCGGCGGCAGCAAGUGGUGGUGGUGGAGCUAAGGUGGAGGUGAGCAAGAUGGAGUACUAUCCAGCACCGGCACCGACUCAUUGGUUUGAUGGAAUGUUUGGUCACAGUUACGCAGCGGAGCCCCAACAUGGAUCCUACCCGGUGAACCAUGGGUACCCGAUGAUGACCCAUGGGUACGUACAACAAGGAUAUGUAAAUCAGGGGUAUGUGAUGGAACCAGCGUAUCACCACCCAAUGCAUGCUCCGCAGAUGUUCAGCGACGAGAAUCCUAACUCAUGUUCAGUGAUGUGAGAAGAAGAUAAUCGGACGGUGGAGAAUGGACGGGUCAUAACAGUUGCGGUGGUGUAAAUAAGUACAAGUAAUAGGGAUAGAGAAGUAAAUACAUAAAAAAAUUAAGAAUUUCGUUUAGGUUAGUAGCGUAAUUAAGGUGUACCCGUCCGGCUGAAAAAUGCCGGUUCAGUUGGUUGUUUAGUCAAUUUUACUGAUGAUGAUUUAGAAAACUACGUAAAUUCUUUUUGUGUUUUAAUGAUGAUAAUAAUAUACAUAUAAUAACGUUUGUUCAA